UCAUGGCUGUGAACGUCCCAGGAGUGAUAGCAAUAGUGUUCUUUUACUUGCUGGUUCUGGGAACCGGCAUCUGGGCUUCUUUCAAGUCCAAAAGGGAGGCGAAGAAAAGUGCAGCUACUGGAAUGGAUAUGGCUCUGCUGGGAAAUAGGAGAAUUAGCUUGGUAGUGGGAAUCUUCACAAUGACAGCAACAUGGAUCGGAGGAGGCUUCAUCACUGGCACAUCUGAGAUGAUGUGCACACCCUCUUUGGGACUAACCUGGACAUUAGUGAUGAUGAUGGCAUUAUGCUCCUCCUUUAUAAUCGGUGGUUUGAUGUUUGCUCAGCCAAUGAGAGAAAGAAACUUUGUGACAAUGCUGGACCCGUUUCGUACCAAAUAUGGUAAAGGACUGACAACUGGACUGUGCCUGGCUUCCCUCGUCAUGGAUGUGGUCUGGAUACCUACAACACUUAUUGGUCUAGGCGGAACCAUGACUGUGGUCCUGGAUAUACCAUACUCUGUGUGCAUCUGGAUCUCUGCUGCAAUCGCCAUUAUCUACACACUUCUGGGAGGUCUCUACUCUGUGGCCUACACAGAUAUUAUACAGCUUGUCCUCAUAUUCUUUGGCUUGUCUAUCUGUAUUCCUUUUGUAUUCAUGAAUCCUUACACAUUGGACAUAAGCCAGGCACUCAUGAACAACACCCAACAUGAUCGUUGGAUUGGUAGACAAGGGCUGGAGAAGAUCUGGAUAAUGAUUGAUAAUUUCUUAUUCCUGACACUUGGAAAUCAGGGAUAUCAGUGCUUCCAUCAGAGGACCUUGUCAGCUUCUUCCCCGUUCACAGCCAAGCUGACAUGCUUUGCUGCUGCGUUUGUGGUAAUUCUAUUUGUGAUACCUUCAGCACUGCUUGGGUUGGCUGCUGCAUCUACAGAUUGGAACCGGACUUCCUAUGGUUCUCCAUCUCCAUAUGAACGUGGGGAAGCAGCUUUAGUUUUGCCCAUCACCCUGCAGCAUCUUACCCCGUCUUUCAUCUCCAUUAUUGCUAUCGGAUGUGUGGCUGCUGCAGUGAUGUCAUCUGCCGACUCUGCUUUGCUCUCAGCAGCUUCUGUAUUCAGCUCCAACAUAUACAAAAACAUCCUAAGGCCUCAGGCAUCAGACAGAGAGAUUCAUUGGGUGAUUCAAGUGGCUGUUGUAGUUGUUGGCUUGGUUGGUACAUCACUUACCAGCCUGAAAAGCAGCGCCAUAUUGUUUUGGUUCCUUGGUAAUGAAGUAGCUUACGUGAUCAUCUUCCCUCAACUCUUCUGCAUCCUCUUCUUCAACAUCUCCAAUGGUUAUGGGGCAAUCAUGGGCUUUCUGGUGGGAUUGGUGUUAAGACUUCUGUGUGGAGAUCCAUCACUUGGAUUAACACCAGUCCUACACUUCCCAGGAUGCACUCUUGAGGAUGGUGUUUAUGUCCAGUAUGCUCCAGUUAAGACCAUCUCCAUGCUGUCUGCCAUUGCUGCCAUAUUGAUUUUCUCCUACCUGGCUUCUGUGCUCUUCAACAAAGGCCUGCUCCCUGAAAAAUGGGAUGUGUACAAAGUGAAAGCCCAGCACUCACCACAACCACUGCCACCAAUAGAUGUCACCAGUUCAUUACCUAAUGAAAAUGAGAAAAAUAAUGAAAGCAACUCACAUACCGAGGCAUUAGAACCAAUGAUAAGCACAACAAUGUAGUAGUGUAUUCAGGACCACACAUUUACUAUGA